AUGGAGCCCACCAGUAAAGGCCCCAAGGCCUGCACGACAUGCGCAAAGGCCAAGGCCCGGUGCAUUCCCGGCCCGGACAAGGACAGCAAGUGCGAAAGAUGCCAGAGGUUAAAGAGAGAAUGUGUCUCACAGCAGCCUGCUCCGCCUCGGGCCAAGAAGCCGCCCAAGAGGUCUCGCGUUGCCGAGCUGGAGAAGAGGCUGGAUGAGCUGUCGUCUCACAACGACUGCGUUAUGGCGGCGACCGAACUAUGGCCCACAGAUGCCGAAGCCGAGACCCUACUGCUGCAGUACCAUGCGUCGCAUGCGCCCCUGGCGCCCUUUGUGAUUGUGCCCAAGCAUCUCAUGGCGUCGGACCUGCGUCGGCAGAGGCCGUUCCUAUGGAGGGUCGUGAUGAUGAUUAGCUGCUUCAUCGACGGACCGAGGCAACAUCGCAUGGGCAAGGAGGUGCUGGCUGAGCUGGGGAGGAUGUCCGUACUGGAUAGCACGAGAAAUCUGGAGACGUUGCAGGGACUGUUGCUAACCAUAAGCUGGCUAAAUUUCUGUCUAAAGAGCGCACAGCUGACCAACUUACUCUUCCUUGCGAGGUCUAUGAGUCUCAGUUCAGGCGGCUUUGGAAUCUCAUACGGUGCUGGUGGCAACAGCAGCAAGGAUGAGGUCAAGUGGGGGGAGCUGGAACACGCACGGGCAUACCUGGGGACAUAUUACCUCAACGCCAUCGUCUUCAACACGAAUAAAAAGGUGGAUGCCUUCAUGAAUACUUCACAACUCGACAACUAUUGCAAUCUCCUCACAUCACCAGGGGAGUAUCAUUCCGAUCUAUACUUGGCUCGGCUAGUCAAGAUACAAACGUUGUCGCAGUCCAUCUCCAUGGCCAUGUUGGAUCAGCAACCGAUGCAGCUGCCCCUGACAAUGGUGAUUCAGACUUUUCAAGAGCAGAUUGAUGCAUAUCGAGCAUCUAUACCGCCGCAUCUUGUCGAUAACAGCAAGUUUCUCCUGAGCUAUUCCCGAAACGCAGACUUGCUAACCUAUUCCACAGGCACUCUCCAAUGCCAUCUGGCCAUAUCAGAAGUCCUCCUCGCCGACAUGGCAAUCUCCGACGCCCACUGCGCAUCCAUCUCCCUCCCGCACAGUGACCGGAUCCACCUCCUCUGGUCUUGUCUCCAUGCCCUGCGCCGCUUCUACGCCGUCGCCUCGGUCAAAAGCUGCGACAUUGUUGAUCAGGUAGAGCGCAACUUCCUGGGCAUCCAUGCGUCGGAUCUUGCCUACGCAAUCAUCACAGGCAUCAAGCUCCUACUCGUCCGGAUCCCCGAUUGGGAUCCUCGGUACAUCAUCUCCGAGCUAGGAAUCCGGGAAAUGCUAGAUAAGGAAAUUGAGCAUGUCGGCGAAGUUGUGGCGCGGAGAAAGAGUGAUCGCUGGCCUGAGGAAGACCCCAUGGAUCGGAUGCAUAAAUUGUUAAUGUAUGGGAGAGACUUGGUCAACAUGCAGAUACAACAAGUGGCGGCGGAGAUGGAGGGAAGAGAUGACAGCAGUCGUCAUGCUCUUCUACCUGCUUCUGCACCAGCAACGACGAAUAAAGGAGACACUGGCCAAGGGUGGGUGAUGGCAGGUAUGGAAGAUCUGGACGACGAUUUGUGGCAGAACUUCAUGAAUGACACGGCGUGGAACUUGAACGGAGAGCCGAUGGUGAUGGAUUCUUUUUAA